UUGGGUGCGGUGAACGGUAUAUAUAGGUUGAGAACUUUUGGGUUAAAUGCAACCGACGAACGAAUGUAGCAACAAUGAACAAAGCGAAUAGAUUUUUCAGCACUGCAUCACCACACUUUGAAUCUCUCUUACGAAAAUAUUCAGCUUCCAAUUCUCUUUCAGAAACUAAAAAAAUUCACGCUUUAAUCAUCACCUAUGGCCUAUUCUCUUCUUCCCAACUCUGCUCCAAGCUCGCCACAACCUACGCUCAAUGCCACCAUGUUUCCUACGCCUCCCAACUGUUCGAUAAAUUGCCUAAACGAACUUUGUUCUCCUGUAACACCAUGAUGAGGAUGUAUGUUCAAAUGGGUCGUCCCCGUGAUGCCCUCAACAUGUUUGUUGAAAUGUUUCGUUCCGGUCGGUGUCUGCCCGAUAACUUCACAUACCCAAUUGUUAUCAAGGCUUGUAGUGAGUUGUUAUUUGUUGAUAUGGGUGUUGGAGUUCAUGGGCAGACUAUUAAGGCUGGGUUUGAUUUGGAUACAUUUGUUCAGAACUCUUUGUUGGCAAUGUAUAUGAUUGCUCGGGAGAAAGAAGCAGCACAGUUGGUUUUUGACUUGAUGGAAGAACCCACUGUGGUGUCUUGGAAUACUUUGAUUAAUGGCUACUUUCGGAAUAAUUGUGCGGAGGAGGCGUUGCGGGUUUAUAGUCGAAUGAUGGAUGAGGGUGUAGGACCUGAUUGUGCAACUGUGGUUUCGGUUUUACAGGCUUGUGGGGUUUUGAAGAAUGUGGAGCUUGGGAGAGAGGUUCAUGCGUUGGCUCUUGAGAAAGGUUUUUGGGGGAAUGUGGUUGUUAGAAAUGCACUGUUGGACAUGUAUGUUAAGUGUGGGCAGAUGAAGGAAGCACAGUUGUUGUUGAAUGGGAUGAAUGAGAAGGAUGUGGUGACUUGGACAACUUUGAUUAAUGGAUAUGUUGUGAAUGGUGAUGCAAGAAGUGCUCUGAUGUUGUGUCGAAUGAUGCAGUUGGAAGGAGUGAAACCGAAUUUGGUUAGUGUAGCUUCUCUGCUAUCAGCCUGUGGUGAUUUGGUUUCUUUGAAACACGGCAAGUGCCUACAUGCGUGGGCAAUAAGGAAAGACCUUGAUUCUGAGGUCGUUGUGGAAACUGCCUUAAUUGAUAUGUAUGCAAAAUGCAAUGAUAGCAACCUCAGUUAUAAAGUGUUUAUGAAAACCUCGAAGAAGAGAACUGCCCCGUGGAAUGCAGUACUAUCUGGGUUCGUACAUAAUAGGCUUGCAAGAAAUGCAAUACAACUCUUCAAACAGAUGUUAGUGGAAAAUGUACGGCCCGACAGUCCAACCUUUAAUAGUCUUCUUCCUGCAUAUGCUAUUCUUGCUGACCUCAAACAGGCGAUGAACAUACACUGUUACCUUAUAAGAUUUGGAUUUCUUUGCAAACUUGAAGUAGCUAGUAUGCUAGUUGAUAUAUACUCAAAGUGUGGAAGUUUAGGAUAUGCUCACCAAAUUUUUGAUAUAAUUCCUCCCAAAGACAAGGAUAUUAUUAUUUGGAGUGUAAUAAUUGCUGCUUAUGGAAAGCAUGGGCACGGUGAAAUGGCUGUCUCACUUUUCAAUCAGAUGGUCCAAUCUGGUGAGAAACCAAAUGAAGUGACUUUCACCUCUGUUCUGCAUGCUUGCAGCCAUGCAGGUUUGGUUGAUGAGGGUUUGUCUCUGUUCAAUUUUAUGCUAAAAAAAUACCAAGUUAUUCCACGUGUUGAUCAUUAUACAUGCAUAGUUGAUCUUCUUGGCCGUGCUGGUCGACUGAAUGAUGCUUACAAUCUUAUCAUAACAAUGCCUAUAGCACACAACCAUGCUGUAUGGGGUGCACUACUUGGUGCAUGUGUGAUACAUGAGAAUGUUGAACUGGGAGAGGUGGCUGCUAGGUGGACUUUUGAGCUUGAACCUGAAAACACUGGAAAUUAUGUUCUGUUAUCAAAACUCUAUUCUUCUGUAGGAAGGUGGAGAGAUGCAGAGAAUGUCAGAGAUAUGGUAAAUGAGGUGGGAUUAAGAAAACUACCUGCUCGCAGCUUAGUUGAGGUUAGCAAUAUGUGAAUUGGACACGUUCUUAUAGAGUAAGAUCAGAGGUCAGGUUAACAACAUUAGCCAGAAACAUGAAAAUUCUAUCCAAAAUGGGUGAAGGCAUUUCCUUCUUAGAGGGAGCAGUGCCUACUACUUGUUGGUUGUCAUUAUGUUAAUUAUGAUGGAGAUAAAUGUUACAUAAAUAUAUUUGGCAACAUAGAGUUCAAGGAGGAGAAUUGGGCUCCAAUUUCCCUGAAUGCACUUUGUUACUUUACUACCCAAUUGCCAAUACUGGUGCUUUUCUCACACAUUCAUCGUCUUACAAGUUUUACAGUUGCUAAUGCCAUGUUUGCGGUUUCAUCCGAUACAGUUUUCCAAGUUAUUCAGGAUUCUUACCUUUACGAAGGUUGUGUCAAUUCAUUUUGCACUCCUUAGUCCUGCUACUACCACUUAAUCCCAUUCUCUUUAUAUGUAGUUGGAUUUUGUUGCUACUUCCAGUUGGUUUAAGGAAUCACGGAACAAGAUAUGGCAAUUGUUUGUUCCUUGCCAUUGGUUUAUGUGGAACUCAUAAUGAAUUUAUUUUGAUGACAAGCGUGUUCUGUUGCCAGAUAUCCAGAGAUUACAUGUUAAUGAUUUGAAACGGCGAGAUGCAUAUAUAUCCAAGCCGAUACUGCAGUGUGAAAUAUCAAUGGAAUUUCCUUUUGUAAGAUAUGUUGCUGCAUUGGAUGAAAUCCCACAUUCAUAGUGUGAGAAUGUACAAUGUUAUUGUAGAAUUUGAUUCUUUACAAGCUUUGCACCAAGAUGAGAAAGGAGUUGAGUAAACAUGUCUAUCGGGUUGUGAUCUUUGAUAUUUGUCUGCUCCUACAUUAUGCUUUGCUCCAAGUUCGUAUCUGUUACACAAAGGGGGUAUAAUUUGUUCAUGUACCUCAAUUUGUGAUCAGCUCCACACCCUCCCGCUCGGCCUCACAUGUACAUUUGGUUCAAGUAGCCUUCACGGCUUCACUUGUUUAGUCCACCAAGAUAAAUAAGGUUUGAUCUUCACUGCAAAAGCAACCAAUUUUUAUGCAUGGGAAAGGAGGCUACACCAACUUAAGACUUCACGAGGGACUCUGGUGGACUGGAGCCUAUGUAAUGGGACUUGGAGAUCUAAUUAAUCUUCCUCAAGUACAGGUUGGAAACCAGGAAGAAGCACGGUUUUCAUUCUUACAGGGUGGAUAUGUAGAAGAUUUUGAAAAUCAAGUAAGCUGUGACUAAAUUUGUUAUCUUGUAUCUCAUCAGCAAAUGUUGAGGAAGAAAGAGAAGAUCUUGCUUUAGCCAAUGCAAAAGAGAAGGCACUGCAGCUGCGGGAUAACUGCAAUACUCUAAUUAAAGGGGAUGCUAAAUCAGGAGCAGAAUUUUUCGCAAAUCGAACUUAUCAAAAGUCUGAAUAUGCUUGAUGAAAACACCACUCCACAGCCAUUUUCCAUAGGAAGGAGAGGAAGGGCUUAAAGAUUUAUUCUUUGCCUUGCAUUUUGAUUGUAAUAAAUGAGAAGAGAAAGAAGUGCAUAUACAUUGAUCGUUCUCUGAUCCUAGUUAGUUAGACUGUUAAGAGUCAACUGUCAUGUAUUUAAUUUAUUUAUUUAGGAUCAAACUCAAAUUCUCAAAUGAAUUAGAAAGAAUUUUCACAAA